AUGCGAUACGACAGAGUUGCCUCUAGCGAGGAGGAGGAGGAUGUGCAACUUAAAGCAACACCACAAAAUUUGACACCCCCUCACCCGUACAUUCAAGGACAAGGUUACCAAAGAUGGUAUUUGCUGGGCUUCGCUGCCAUACAGAGCGUUGUUAUUGUGAUUCUGUCGGUCCUCGUUAUUAUUAUGACAGGUCGAACGUCGUCUCUACAAGCUGACCAGACUCACCGCGGUACCAUGAUGAUCUACGGAUAUGACAGGCCCUAUAUGUCCUUGAAUCAUACCUACGACCACUUAUGGAAUGAAACAUCUAAUUCUGGCUUGGUGGUCACGGAAGUGGAGGGAAACCGAGAAGUCGGGGCAAUAGCUAUGUUAGAUUCCCAUAGCUUGUUGCUAGGUAAUCUCACAGAAAUUCUAACUCUAGAGCAGGUUUCAUCAACUUCAUUGUCUUGUUUCAAUGCGAGCAGCUAUGCAAAAUGCUCUUGA